AUGACGAAAAUCGACACUCUCCGUCGUUAUCUCCUCCCGUGUAUCACACCUCCGACGAAUCCAACCACCGCAUCUGUAACCGGAGCAGCAUCAUCCACCGGAGUCUCCAAGAAACGUCUCAGCACUUCCCUCAGAGACGACCUCGACGUUAACCAAGACACAGCUUCUUCCUCCGCCUCUUCCUCCGAGGCUACUUCCUUCGCCGCCGCUUCCUCCGACGACUACCUUUCUCCCAUCACGGCGCCGCAGAGACCUUCGAAGACGAUGGUGAUCGGAACUAUUUUCGGGAGGAGGAAAGGACACGUGUGGUUCUGUGUCCAGCACGACCGUCUCUCCGUUAAACCGCUUCUCCUCCUCGAGCUUUCAAUCGCCACGAACCAGCUAGUGCAAGAAAUGGGUUCGGGUCUUGUCCGGGUCGCUCUCGAAUGCCCGACCCGACCCGAAUUGAAGUCUUGCCUCUUGAGAUCUGUGCCGGUUUGGACCAUGUUCUGCAACGGGAGAAAGUUAGGGUUUGCUGUACGGAGGAGCGCUAAUGAGGAGACGAGGGUGAUGUUGAAGAGAUUGGAGUCGAUGACGGUCGGGGCGGGCGUGUUACCAACUGGAUCCGGGUCGGGUGAAUCGGAUCUUGAUGAGGUUAUGUAUAUGAGGGCAAACUAUGAGCAUGUUGUGGGAAGCUCUGACUCGGAGUCGUUUCAUCUCAUUAACCCGGACGCUAACUCGGCUCAGGAACUCAGCAUCUUCUUGCUCAGGACGUCUACCUAAAAUGCCUUUUUUAGGGUAACUUAUGAAUCUUUUUUUUCAUCGAGUUUCUUUUUCGGGAUUUCAGAGAUUUUACCAUGACAGUUGAGAAAAAUCAAGAUUCUUUUGGGUAGAGAGAUUCAGGUUUUAGUGUUUAGAGAUCGUUUAUU